UACGUGUGAAAUCUGUGAAUGAUCACAGAGGUCACAUGGUACAAGGCUAGUCACAACAGCCUUGUACUAUGUGACAAGGUGUGACCAAUCACAGCUCACUCAGUAUUUCUCAAUUGCAAGAAUGCAGACAGAGAGAAAGAGAAAUGAUUGCUUUUACAUCCUCAUGUGACCUCUGUGAUCAUUCAGAGAUUUCACACGUAGUAAGCAAUGAUGUCACAAGUGACAUCUUGCUAACUACUUUGCAUGUGAUCACUGAUUGGCCAAUCAGUGAUCACAUGAUCAGGACCUCGUCCAGGGAGCGCGCACAAGCAGGGUGCGGGGAGGCCGUUUAUAAACGGCCACCCGACCCUGCACUGCCACCGUCUGGCCGUUUAUAUGCAACGGCCAGUCUGGAAGUGGUU